AUGAAGAUUGCUGUGGAAGGUUGCUGCCAUGGAGAGCUGGACAAGAUAUAUGACUCUGUCAGUGAACUGGAGAGACAGAAUGGAUUCAAGAUUGACCUUUUAAUCAUCUGUGGAGAUUUUCAAGCAGUCCGCAACUUUGAUGACCUGCAGGCUAUGGCCGUCCCUCCAAAAUUCCAAAAGUUAAAUACUUUCUACAAGUAUUACAGUGGAGAAAAGUUGGCCCCGGUGCUGACUGUGUUUAUUGGAGGCAAUCAUGAAGCCUCCAACUACAUGCAGGAGUUGCCCUAUGGAGGAUGGGUGGCCCCAAAUAUCUACUACAUGGGUUAUGGAGGUAUCAUUCAAAUUGGUAAUGUUCGUAUUGGAGGGGUCUCGGGCAUAUUUAAGGGGCACGACUACAACCGUGGUCACUUUGAAAGGCCCCCCUAUGAUGACCACACAAAACGAAGUGUUUACCAUGUCCGGAACUUGGAGAUUUUCCGGCUCAAACAGAUCACCCGGCCCGUGGACAUAUUUAUUUCACACGAUUGGCCCAGAGGUAUCUACCAUUAUGGGGACACAGCGUCACUGAUCAAACGGAAGCCGUUUUUCAGGCAAGAGAUAGAGGAGAAUAAACUGGGCUCAGGACCACUGUUUGACCUACUGUGUCAUAUACAGCCCACCUACUGGUUUGCUGCACACUUGCAUGUGAAGUUCGCUGCUCACGUGCAACAUCAGUCAGCAUCUGAACAAGCACCUGGCAAGAGCACAAAGUUUCUCUCGCUUGACAAAUGUUUACCUCGGCGCAGUUUCCUACAGGUCCUUGAUGUUCCACAUGGAAAGGAACCACUGAAGAUAAAGUUAGAUCCAGAAUGGUUGGGGAUUCUGAAGAAAACUGAUCAUUUGUUGAAUAUCACAUCAAGUAACAGAUAUAUGCCCGGACCCGGCUGUGGAGAAAGGUAUGAAUUCACAGUUGACGAUAGUGAAAUAAAAAAGAUGGUGGAUACGUUUGGAGGGGAUCUAACUCUACCCAAUAACUUUGUCCAUACUUCACCUCCACUUGAAGGCAAUCCUGAUGCAGCUUCUAGACAGAGGAGGCAAGAUUUAGUUAUUCGGGUUAACCCCCAGACCACACUUUUGUGCAGUAUGUUGGGCAUCACGGAUCCCAACAUGAAGUUUCUAUCGUGCCAAGAAUUAGUGGAUAAUAGUUCUAGGGCAUCUGACAGUGAUGCUGUCUAUGAAAGUAGCGAUGGGGAAGACAUGCCAAGCACCGUAGAUAGCAGCAUAGAUGUGUCAAGUUCAAGGCUUUCAUCCAGUCAAGACACAUGCAAAACUGCCAAUGAAACAUUGGACAGUUCAUGCCAGCAGUUGUUACGGUUACAACAGAAUAUUGUGACGUCAACCCCGGCAAAGAAUGGUCCUGUUAAAAGGUCAUUUGAGGAGGAUGUAGAUGAUAACGAUGCAGAAUUGUUGUCUAUUCUGUCGGCACAGAGGAACAAAAGCUUGAACUCCUCAUCACACAUUCCUUCGGUGUCACCAUCUGCUGACAGUUCCUCUCCUUGUGUCCACAGUGUUAAUGUGUCUCAUGGUGCCAUACAUUGUGAUAAUCGUGUGACGAGCACCUCCAGUGACUGUUGUGAUAGCCAGUUAUCACCAUCACACGUCCCUAGUAGUCAAGACAAGGCAGCUUUAAAGCCAGAAAGGACAAGCUUUGGAAUGUCUGGGUUGUGUUUGAAUGUUACUGAAGUUUCCCAUUUAUCAUCUGAGGAUAGUGCAGUAAUUACACCAGAGUCGGGGAAAAAGUUGAAGAGACGAAAUGUUUCACUGUAUUCUGAGCAGUCUGAAUAA